UCAUGGCUUGGUGGUUACAAUUCUCUGGACAUUUCUUCUUUCCACAGAACCGCCCCUCUUCUGCUAGAGCAGCGAGCAACAUUCAGGUUGCUUUCCACGGCUUUCUCACUGCUGGUGAAGGAACUGGAAGGAGUCACUCAGUUUCUCCAAACAAAUUGCCAGAGAAGACCACCUCAUACUGAAGUGAGAUUUUUCCAACCCAAGUUCGCAGGGAUGCAGAGAUGCACAAUGAACAGAACUGUCAAUGGCUCCAGCUGCAGCUCCACAGCAGUGCCCAUGGAGUGCUACAUGGUCUUCAAUGAUCCAGCUCAGAAGAUUGCCAUUGCUGUGCUGUGCUGCUUUAUUGGGAGCCUUUGCAUCUUGGAGAACUCCCUGGUGUUGUAUCUCAUAUUUUCUUCCCAAAAGAUCCGGAACAAACCUUCCUAUCUCUUCAUCAGCAGCCUGGCUGCAGCAGACAUACUAGCUAGUUUCAUCUUUGUCUCCAGUUUUGUAAAUUUCCAUGUUUUCAAUGGGACUGAUUCCUCGAAGGAAGUCUUCUUGCUGAAGCUUGGCGGAGUCACCACGUCCUUCACAGCUUCCUUGGGCAGCCUGCUGUUGAUGGCAUUUGAUCGAUACAUCUGUAUCCUUAAGCCAUCAAGAUACAAGGUCAUCAUAACAACUAGAAGAGCUGUGACAGCUUUGGUGGUUCUCUGGGUUACCAUUGUUCUCAUCGCCUACCUGCCCCUCCUGGGAUGGAACUGCUGCACCUUGAACUCUACCUGUUCUGAGUUGUUUCCAUUUGUCAACACCACGUAUCUCUCAAGCUGGACUGCUUUAGUAGUGAUCCUUCUGAUAUGUAUUGUGUAUGCUUAUAUGCAUGUCCUUUGGAAGGCCCAUAAGCAUGUGUUGUACAUGAAGAAGCACCACACCCAAGCUGGACUACAAAACACAAGGAUGAGAAUGGACAUCAUGUUGGCCAAGACCUUAGUGAUUGUCCUGGUGGUUCUCAUCAUGUGCUGGUUGCCAGUCUUGCUGCUCAUGACUUACAGCAUGUUUGACAAACUGAAUGACACCAUCAGGAAAAUAUUUGCCUUCUGUAGCACUCUUUGCCUGGUGAACUCUAUGAUUAACCCUGCUAUCUAUGCCUUACGGAGCAGGGAGUUGUGCUCCUCUUUGAGGAAAGUCUGUUCCUGUUUGGCAAGGAUUCCUGGUUUCCCAGAGAGCAACCCAGAAGCAGAGAGCACUCAAAAGUCUGGCCCAGCAGAAACCCUUUGUGAUGAAGAAAUCUGCAAUACAGAGUUAGAACCAAAGAAUAACUGAACUCUAACACACACAGGCAGAUGGAUGGUUUCUUCCCAUUUGUAAAGACUCUGAAGCUUAUUUUCUAGAGGCUCAAUUGC